AGCCUCCACACUGAAAGCUAAUCCGAACGGCUACUUGUGAGCCAAUUAACGGGCGAAAUCUGGGCCGGGUGGCAGUGCGGUCGGCUCUGUGUGGUCGCCGAGUUGGAAGCCGAUUGGGAGGCGCCUGAAUGUAUACAAGUUACUGACACUGCUUCAUCCAAACACACUUGGUUACGUGAAAACGGCGGGACAGUUCAGCCGCUCCAAGCUGACACUAUGAACCCGACAUCGGCUCUUUAUCCCCUCACUGAAAAGGGCACUAGGAAGCCCAAAUGCGCCCGAUGUCGAAAUCACGGGAUGGUUUCGUGGCUGAAGGGACAUAAACGACAUUGUCGAUUUAAAGAUUGUACCUGUCCGAAAUGUAACCUUAUUGCAGAACGACAGCGUGUGAUGGCUGCCCAGGUGGCACUCAAGAGACAGCAGGCUGCUGAAGACGCUAUUGCCCUAGGGUUAAGGGCCUGUGCCACUGAGACAGGACUGCCCAUGAUGACCCCAGGGCCCUUGUGGGGCCCGGGAACUGUCUCCAGCCCUGUCGUGGACUCCAUCAAGGACCUCGCAGACAUGGAAGACAUGGAUGGUUGCGGCAAGUCGGACAUUGAUAGCAGCAGUGACAAUGAAAGAGAAUCACCUACAACCAGCACUCCCGUGGUUGAGUCCACCCAGCCACCGCCCAAACCCAAGACGCCGCCCAAACAGCAACUUCAACAACAGCAGCAGCAGCCGUCGUCCACCCACAGCGGGAAAAUUUCCUCUUCUGACUCCGCCACUGCACCAACUGGCUUUCGACCUGGUCGAUUGUCCAACCUAGAGAUUCUGGAGCGCGUUUUCCCCUUACAGAGGAAGUCAGUGUUGGAGUUAGUCUUGCAGGGUUGUAAUGGAGAUUUGGUGAAAGCCAUUGAACAUUUUUUGUCGGCUCAGGACACAUUGUUAGCUCAGCAACACGCCGUACUGCAUGGCAGAUCAGAGCCGAGGUUUUCUCCGUAUGUCAACGCUAGCUCACCAUUCCGCCCAAUGAACGGCACAAAUAAAAUAGCUUAUGGUGGUUUGAAAUCUGCUUUUACCCCACUGACACCCACUACCUCCUUAAACGGCAUCCACUCGGCAUUUUCACCCCAGGGCACAGCAGGAUUUACCCCGGAUGCUCUACGAGCACCAUUUUUCCAGCAUCCUUCUAGAUCAGAACUACUGACGGCAGCGCCGCACUUUGGAUACGCAUCAUUGGGAGCCAUUCCUACGUCACUGCACGGCAACUUCUCAGUGUCAUCCCCAUUUUUUCUAAACCCGUACCGACCUAUGACUCUUUCGACGUCUCCGCCUCGCACCAGGACGCCAGACAAGGGCAGUGAAAAAUCACCAAUGACUGAUUCUGACAGAGCUUCUGAUGGUUGGGACGAUCGAGAUCUCAAAGACACUGAUUAACGAUCGAGCUAUGUCGCGAAUUUGAUGCCAGUUCACACACUGUGUGGUUGUUGUUAUGUUAUUAUUGCUAAUAGAGGAUGCCCAGAAGUUUUAGGAACAUUGACAGAAACCGAUACACCCAGUUACAUUGUUGCUGUUGAUAUAAUUUUCAUUGAUCAGAACAAUCAAUGGUCUGAUGAAGGGACUUCUUGAGUCAGCUGUCGAAUUUAUAUGUUAAUUGAUAUGAAUAAUUGUAUCAAAAUCUCCUUAACUCGGAUGAAUAGGAAGAUUCCUGAUUGGUUGCUUUCUUUAGCUUCUGAAAAAUUUCACAUCUCGUUUAUUUACUUUCAAGUAUACCAUUCACGUAACCAGUCAGAUUGUGAUUUGGAUCGGGUACACAUUUUUGACCAGUAACACUUUGUGUUAUCAUCUACUGAAGCUUUGACAUUUGGGAAAUCACGAGGAAAAAUACAAGACGAUUUCUUACCUUUGCUUUCAUGUGAACUCUUAAAUGCUACUCGCAUGGAUGUAUGUAGUUGUGGCUGCAAAAGAAUCUUAUCUCAAUUAGCAGUUAUGUCAUUGAGAAGUGUAUCUACAUGUAUAUAUAGCUGACGCUGUACGUAUAAUGUAUCUGCAUUAUUCAGCUAGCUGGGAUAAUGCAUAAAUGUUCGUGUCCAAUGUUUGAGCUCUUGGCGAUUAUCAUUAAUGGUGCAACAGCUAGGUGGAAUAAUAGAUGUCACUAACUGCUAGUGGAGUGCUACUCAGAGCGUUUAAAUAUGACGUACCUUUUACAUCAAAACAUGAUUCCUAUCAAACUUUUUAAGAUAUAGGUGUACAUAUAUUACUACAAAUCUGUCAAUUUGCUAAUUAUUGUCAGUGGUUACAGUAGAUUUGUAGGGUUAAUGGCUUAUGGAAUGUAUGAAUGAAUAACAUAUUUAAUAUUGCUGUGUAAGAGUGAUAGAGCAUACAAAGGUAAAAGGUAACAGAAAGAUGUGUGACGUAAAUGUGAAACUGGGGUAUGACUCGAGAAAUGUAAGUCUUGGUCACAAGACAUUAGAUUAUUAGACUCAAGAUAACUCUUCUGAGGUACAAUUUGUAUUUUAUGUCUGUAUAAAGUAAAUGGCGAAAGUAGUGUACAAUAUCC